GCGGCCUGGCGUCGGUAGCGCGCUCUGUGUGGCCGCUGCCGCCAUGUUGUUGUGGUUGUGAGAAGGCGGUGGGAGCGGCGGCGGCGGCGGCGGAGGAGGAGCCCCCAGACCAGACGCUCCAGCGGCCCCGGCGCUGCUCCCCGCCGGCCCUGGCCGGGAUCCUCGUGCGAGAGCAGAGGAGGCCGUGCCGUGGCGGGCCUCACCAUGUCCUGCCGCCCGGUGCAUGAGCUCUUUAUAUAAUUUGGAUGUCAACCCCUUAUCAGGUGAUUUUUCAUGAAGAACAUGGAGUCAGAAAAUAACAUAACAAAUGAUUCCUGGAAAUUCCUUACAAUCCCAUUGACUUAAUACAUCUGAAUGUAUUUUCUUGUGAAACCUUCUAGUAGAAAAAGUUCUUGGGACAAACUUCUUUUGAUCAAACAAAAAGGAAAGAAAAGCCUUGCCAGACGUUGAAGAAGGGACGAGGAUCUCUCCUCCUAAUCUGGGCCUCCUGUCAUGGAUGAAGAGACUCAGCACAGCCUUGAGUGCAUCCAGGCCAAUCAGAUCUUUCCCAGGAAGCAGCUGAUUCGGGAGGAUGAGAAUCUUCAGGUUCCUUUCUUUGAACUUCAUGGAGAAAGCACAGAGUAUGUGGGUCGUGCCGAGGAUGCCAUCAUCGCACUUUCUAAUUAUAGACUUCACAUCAAGUUCAAGGAGUCUCUUGUUAAUACUGCCUCUCAGUCUGCUGCUUCUGAAAUCCCAGUUCCAUUACAGCUCAUAGAAAGUGUUGAAUGCCGUGAUAUAUUUCAACUUCAUUUGACUUGCAAAGACUGCAAAGUUAUCAGGUGUCAGUUCUCAACCUUUGAGCAGUGUCAAGAGUGGCUUAAGAGACUGAAUAAUGCAAUCCGACCACCUACUAAAAUAGAAGAUCUUUUCUCGUUUGCAUACCACGCUUGGUGUAUGGAGGUCUACGCCAGUGAAAAGGAGCAACAUGGAGACCUGUGCAGACCAGGGGAACAUGUAACAUCAAGGUUUAAAAAUGAAGUGGAGCGGAUGGGUUUUGAUAUGAACAAUGCCUGGAGGAUUUCCAACAUCAAUGAGAAGUACAAGCUCUGUGGUAGCUAUCCCCAGGAGCUCAUAGUGCCUGCCUGGAUCACUGACAAAGAACUAGAAAGUGUAGCAAGCUUCCGGUCCUGGAAGCGCAUCCCUGCCGUCGUCUACAGGCACCAGAGCAAUGGAGCUGUCAUCGCCCGCUGUGGACAGCCGGAGGUUAGCUGGUGGGGCUGGCGCAACGCUGAUGACGAGCAUCUGGUGCAGUCAGUAGCCAAAGCCUGUGCUUCCGACACCCGAUCGGCUGGCAGCAAACCGUCCACCAGGAACAAUUCCCGAGACUUGACCAGCACAGGGGACCUUUCUGACGUGGAGUUUGAUUCUUCUCUGUCAAAUGCUUCAGGAGCAGAGAGUUUAGCCAUCCAACCACAGAAGCUUUUGAUCUUGGAUGCACGCUCCUAUGCAGCAGCUGUGGCGAACCGAGCCAAAGGUGGAGGCUGUGAAUGCCCAGAGUAUUACCCGAAUUGUGAAGUUGUAUUUAUGGGGAUGGCAAAUAUUCAUUCAAUUCGGAGAAGUUUUCAGUCACUGCGGUUGCUGUGCACACAGAUGCCAGAUCCGGGAAAUUGGCUCUCAGCUCUUGAAAGCACAAAAUGGCUCCAUCACCUGUCUGUGCUUCUGAAGUCAGCUCUUCUGGUAGUGCAUGCUGUGGAUCGUGACCAGCGGCCAGUGCUGGCGCACUGCUCAGAUGGCUGGGACCGCACCCCCCAGAUUGUGGCAUUGGCUAAACUCUUGCUGGACCCUUAUUACAGAACCAUAGAGGGUUUCCAGGUCCUUGUGGAGAUGGAGUGGCUGGAUUUUGGCCACAAGUUUGCUGACCGGUGUGGUCAUGGGGAGAACUCGGACGAUCUGAAUGAGCGUUGCCCCGUGUUUCUACAGUGGCUUGACUGUGUUCAUCAGCUUCAGAGGCAAUUCCCUUGUUCUUUUGAGUUCAAUGAAGCAUUUCUUGUGAAACUGGUACAACAUACCUAUUCCUGCCUCUUUGGAACAUUCCUGUGCAACAACGCCAAGGAGAGGGGGGAAAAGCACACACAGGAACGGACGUGUUCCGUGUGGUCACUGCUUCGGGCAGGCAACAAGGCUUUCAAAAACCUACUGUAUUCCUCUCAAUCAGAAGCCGUGCUGUACCCUGUGUGUCAUGUGCGUAACCUGAUGCUGUGGAGUGCAGUAUACCUGCCCUGUCCAUCGCCGUCCACCCCAGUGGAUGACAGCUGUGCGCUAUAUCCAGCCCCUGGCACCAGCCCUGAUGAUCCACCCCUGAGCCGGCUACCAAAGACUAGAUCAUUUGACAAUCUGACCACAGCCUGCGACAACACGGUGUCUCUAGCCAGCCGGCGCAGCAGUGACCCAAGCCUAAACGAGAAGUGGCAGGAACACCGGCGCUCGCUGGAACUGAGCAGCCUGGCUGGUCCAGGAGAGGAACCCCUUGAUCCUGACAGCCUGGGGAGGCCAGCCAGAGCGCUGGGUGGCGCUGAGCUGUCUGUUGCCGCUGGAGUGGCUGAGGGGCAGAUGGAGAACAUUUUGCAAGAGGCCACCAAAGAGGAGGGUGGGGUAGAGGAGCCUGCCCAUAGCGGAAGCAUUGAGGUGCAGGAGGUCAAAGAGGAGGUGCUCGUAGAAAAGGAGAGCAGGGUCAAGGCCCCUGAGAGCUCAGCCAUUGUACUUCAUCAGGACCCAGAACUGGGUGCUGCUGCUCGCAGGAGCCAGCCAGGCACCAGCCCCCCUCUGUUCUCACAGCGCCUCUCUCUUCCUCAGCAGCAGGGUGGGCACAGUGUUCUCCCCAGUUCCCCCCAGGGGCCUCUCCGAGGAGGCGAUGCCCAGGAGGUCCCUGUGGAACAGCCUUGGAUGGGAGCUAUCACAGAGGACAGGAAGGAAGCAGUUCCUCCAGUUCCAGUAGAUGCAGAAGUUGGCUACGGUACCUCCCAGGCGAGUUCUCUGCUGUCCUCCCGAGUCCCCGUUGAGGCCAGAGGACCAAACACAGACAGUUCCACGGGCAUGUUAAUGGAAGCUCAAGUGAAGUCAGAAAGUGGGCCCCAAGGCCAUCCCAGACCUUGCCUGACCAACAGUGGCAGGCACAGUGGCAAGGACAUGCUUCCUCAAGCCAUGGAGCCCAGACCUUUGGAAAGGGGCCUGGCUGAGCGGCCCCAAGUGGGACUGGUGGUACGUAGGACUUCUCCUGGGAGCACCCACCACCCAGUGCAUUCUCCUUGUGCCUUGCUUUUAACAGAACGUAAAGAGGGGCUCAUGUACAAUGGUGCCCCAGAGACUGAAAAUAAGGCCUCAGAGCAGCCCCCAGGGCUCGGCACCCUCCAGAAGCACCCCACUCCAAACGGGCACUGUGCCAAUGGGGAGGCUGGCAGGAGCAAGGACUCACUGAGCCACCAGCUGUCUGCCACAAGCUGCAGCUCUGCCCACUCACACUCAAGGAACUUGCACCACAAGUGGCUGCACAGCCACUCAGGGAGGCCGUCUGCAUCUGGCAGCCCUGACCAGCCUUCCCGCAGCCACCUGGACGACGAUGGCAUGCCUGUGUACACGGACAUGAUCCAACAGCGCCUGCGUCAGAUUGAGUCAGGCCACCAGCAGGAAGUGGAGACCCUGAAGAAGCAAGUCCAGGAGCUGCGGAGUCGCCUGGAGAGCCAGUACCUGACCAGCUCCCUCCGCUUCAAUGGGGACUUCGGGGACGAAGUGACUUCAGUCCCUGACUCGGAAAGCAAUCUGGAUCAGAACUGUUUGUCUCGCUGCAGCACAGAGAUUUUCUCUGAAGCCAGCUGGGAGCAGGUGGAUAAACAGGACACGGAGAUGACCCGUUGGCUCCCUGACCACCUAGCCGCCCACUGCUAUGCGUGCGACAGUGCCUUCUGGCUUGCCAGCAGGAAGCACCAUUGCAGGGACACUGACCGUGUCGAUCAAACGUGGAAUUGUGGGAACGUAUUCUGCUCCAGUUGUUGUAACCAGAAGGUUCCAGUUCCUAGCCAGCAGCUCUUUGAACCCAGUCGAGUGUGCAAGUCUUGCUAUAGCAGCCUACAUCCUGCAGGCUCCAGCAUUGACCUUGAACUGGAUAAGCCCAUCGCUGCCACGUCAAACUGAAGCUCAGCGACCUGGGGCAGGCAGAGGCCGAGCUGCUGUUCCUCCGACGGGCCCACACAGCCUGGGCAGAGCAGGAGGCCUGUGCACUUUGGAAUGGGGGCGUGGAACCACCUUUGGAGAGGGACAGAAAUUUGGGGUGUACCACUGGAUUGUAGAUUGAUUUUUCUUUCCUGUUUUUUUCCUUUCCACCCUCCCUCUGCCUCCAAAAAAGAAAAUCCCCUGGUUGUCUUAAUUUUUUUCUUUGGAUGGAAGACCAGAGGUCGCCAAGGCCCCCUGUAACUAUCGAGCUGCCUGCUGUCAGGUGAUGCUGAGGGUUGGCUUGGUUCCUUAGGAUGGGAGGAGGCUGGUCAGAGGCAGGAGUGGAGGUCUGAGCUAGUGAGGCGGGGAAGAAAGCCAGUGCUGGUGUUUGUGACCAUUCCUCGUGCCAUUACAGCAUCAGAGCUGGUGGAAAAACCUUUGCUGCUGCGGGGGGUGGGAACAUGUCCCCUAGGAGUACUGCCCCCGCUGCGCUCUCCGUCACGCCCCCACCCCGGAGGGGCUGGGCCAGGCCCAUCUGUCUCACUGGCAGAUAAACAGGCUUAGCCUUGGGAGGGAGGGACAUACGGUAAGUGGAGCCUGUCAGGCCCCUCUCUGGGGAAGGAAGGUAAUGUUCCUUUGAGGCAAGUGAGAGGCCUGCGAAUGGGUGGCUAGCGUGUCCCCCCCAUGGGAUUUUUAACAAGACCCAGAUUGCCCAGGGCUCCCUUCAUGGGCAUGAGUCGGCCUCCCUCGCCAGGCUGUGUGGCACCUCCCACCCUCGGGUGCAGGGGUGCCGACGGGCCAGAGUGCAGUGUCCUACUGCUGAGCCCAGGCACACCUGGAAGCCUUUCUGGGACCUGGUCCCCCAAAACAAUCUUCCGCAGCCAGCAUGGAAAUCCAGACUCAGGGUUCCAAAAAUUCCCCAUUCCCAAACCAAACCAAUCAUGGAUCUCCUUCUUAAGGGGUAGAAUCAGCCUUUUAGGGUGCAAGCCUCUGGAAAAGGGAGCCUGUUCUAUACAAUCAGCCUUCUUCCUACUCCUCCCCUUGGGGAGUCGGGAAGGACCUAGUGGUGAGGGGCAUUUGGUGGCUCGGGGCUCCAUAGAGAAGUAGCACAGCCCAUCGGAGAUUCAGGGCACCUUUCCUCAGUAAGCUUUGAUGUGGUCCAAGAAGAGCCUUAAAUGAAGAGGAUUUGUGGUAGAGGUGGGUGUGGGGCAAGAGUGGAGAGUCUGUGCUUUGUAAUCUUGGCAUCCGUGUUUUGUGCCUGCCCCCCCCCCCCCCCCCCCCACUGGGGGAAGGACCGUGCUUGGCUCUGCUAAACGCUGCUAACUGGUGAUAGGACAGAUUGUGGCGAGUGGCUUGGGGGAGGCCAGGGAACUCUUCUGACCCUUUGGAAGUAGUUCUGGCCAAGGGCAAGUUGUGUCUCAGGAAGGUGUCUCCUUUGUGUGCCUGGGUGCUGUUAAGCUGUGGCCCAGCCGCCUUCCCUGGAGCUGUUGUCCAGGCAAAGCUCAGAGCAUCUGAGUGCGUCUCUGACUUCCCUGUGGCAGCAGGUUGCUCGGAGUGUGAAUUCAGUGAAACAGGGUGUAGUUCUCCACAGUCUGUGUGGUCUGGUCACGCGGGCAAGGAGAAGUCAGUCUAAUUAGAGAUUGUGCAGUUCCUAGUGACAGGUGCCAAGAGGUGUGAUACGGGUUUCUUGGAUCUGAUGUACAGUGUGAAUAAAUGCUUGCAGCUCUUAGCCCUUUUUUGAUCAAUGAAGCACUUUUUUAUUAAUAUUUUUCUUUGUAAAGGAGGAACUGUAACUGUAGCUGUACAUACAACCCUUUUCUCCUAAAGAGGAGUCAGUCAGUGCUCCUAUAUUUUUCAUUUUUUUGUCAAAGCAAGAAGUAAAUACUUUAGACCUGUUAAAUAUAUAAAUAAAGUGAAUAAAGUUUAGUGUUCCGCAUGGUA